CAGAAAAGCAGCAGCACACUAAGCCCGGAGGUGCCUCGCCUGCUCAAUCUCACCAGGCAGGCUCUCGCAGGCAGGGUGGGGCAGCCUGUCAAGGUGUGUCCGCCUAUUGAUUCAGCGUCGACAGCGGCAGAUAGCAGAAUAAAGUCGACCUGUCUUCACAGGAGCAGACGAGUUUCUGCGUCUCGCGCUUUUCACGCUAAUCAGUCAUCCGUCACCUCUCCGGUCGAUUGACCGUCGGCGGUGACCAACUUCCUCCUGCGGACCGGGACGACGCGCGGUCAAAAGUGUUGGACAGUGGAAAAAAAUGGCGAAUGUUUUAAUUCUCAGCAUCUACCUGGUGUCGGUGCUGUCCCGUGUGGAGACUUGUUUUAAAGCGAACAAUGUGUCCGUAAACGUCCCACCAACGAUUCAGGCUGGACGGCGAAUCAUUAUAGUUGGCGGCUGUGACACCAAAUCAGUUCGCCUAACUUCGUCGGACCCGAGUUUUGAAGUCACCGGUAAUGGAGAGGUGGUGACUCUGGCUGUUGUGCCGGUGGCGACAGACGGCCGGACAUUUUUUGUGCGGGCUCUGGGGAAAAGCGGCGGGGAAAGGGUGCUGAAAGUCAACCUUGUCCGCAGCGCCGUGCAGGGGAGAGAGCACACAGGCCAAGAAAUCCUGAGGCGCACCAAGAGACGCUGGAGCCCCCCGGACUUCCACAUAUUGGAGAAUGAACUGGGACCCUAUCCAAGAGACAUCGAGCCGAUUGUAUCUGAUUCGGAAGCCACGCACAAAGUGUUCUACACUUUGAGUGGACCCGGCUACGAUCAGUAUCCAGUGGGAUUGUUCAGCCUCAACAAGGACACCGGGAUGUUGACUGUGAACGGGCCAGUUGAUCGUGAGGAGUUCCCAGUAUUUAAGUUAACAACAAGUGUUUUCGACGUUAAGACCGGCCAGCCGACAGACGAACCUUUGCCUUUCAAAGUAAUUGUCGACGACGUGAACGACAACGCUCCGAUAUUCACGGUUCCGCUGCACUUCAGUGUGCCCGAGCUUUCCACUCCAGGUACACUGGUCGGGAAGGUGAAUGCCACAGACAGAGACGAAGAAGGAAGCCUCCACGUCAAGAUCAAGUACUCCCUGUUGACCGGAACAGACCGGUUUGCCAUCGACUCAGAGACGGGUGUCAUCACCACAGUAGGCCCAAGUAGCUCCCUGGACAGAGAGGUAAAAGACAAGUACAUGGUGGUCAUACAAAUCAAAGAUUUAGACGGUACACAAAAAGGUCUUUCCAACACAGGAACAGCAACCGUAACUCUGUUGGACGUCAACGACAACCCGCCGACUUUCACAAAAACGUCUUACAAAGUCACUGUCAACGAAAAUGAAAAGGACAAACUUAUCCUCCGAAUCCCCGUUGAAGAUAAGGAUCUGGCAAACACGCCGAACUGGGUUUCUAAAUUCGUCAUCGCUAAAGGAAACCAAAAUGGGAAUUUCAGAAUCGAAACUGACCCCAAAACAAACGAGGGGCUUCUGUAUGUCACGAAGGCCUUAGAUUAUGAGCAGGCCAAAGAUGUAAAGCUUGUGAUUGAGGCGCGUAAUGAAGCCGAGCUGACAGGCACGGAGUCCAAGUGGGUGUCCGUCCCCGUGGAUGUCGCUGUGACCAAUGUGGAUGAGGGUCCGCAGUUCACAGCCCCCAGCGUCCGCUUCACCGUCAAAGAGAACGUACCAAACGGCACGCUGAUAGGAACUUACACAGCAGUGGAUCCUGAGACCAAGAGCAGCAAAGGCAUCAAUUAUUACAAGGUCACAGACCCAGCCAACUGGAUUAAUUUCGACAGGAAUACCGGAGAGCUGAAGGUUGCAAACACAAUUGACAGAGAGUCACACUUUGUCCAGGAUGGGAUUUACAACAUCACCGUGAAGGCUGUUGAUGCCAGCUCCAAGACAGGCACGGGAACAGUCAUCAUCAUGGUGGAGGACGUCAACGACAACGUGCCAACGGUCCCCACCAGCGAGCUGGUGGUGUGUGAGAAGGAGGGCGAGCUCGGCUCUGUGCUGGUUGUGGCUGAAGACAGCGACCAGUCUCCCUUUUCUGCCCCCUUCAGCUUUAGUUUGCCGCACGAUAAUGAUGGCAAAUGGUCUGUGACCAGAUUUAAUGACACAGCAGCCACGCUGAAGCAGAUCAAAAUGCUUCCUACGGGGAUACACGAUGUUCCCAUCGACGUUACAGAUCUGCAGGGCUUCGGUAGAAAACAGACGGCGAAAGUGAGGAUCUGCCAGUGCAGGAACGGAGGCUGCUUGGCCAAGGAAAGCUCUGUGUCAUUAGGGCCACUAGCUUUACUGGCUAUGCUGUUGCCUCUGGCCCUCCUCCUACUGCUCUGCCUGCUGCUCGCCUUUUUCUGUGUGACAAAGAGGGAGAAGAUGGAAAUCGAUGCAGGAGAUAGCGGUGGAAUCCUGCUCAAAUCAAACACUGAGGCCCCAGGGGAAGAAGUGGAUUCAAGUCUCAUCACUGUUCCCAUUUCUGGGGUUGAUUCAGCAGUGAAGGGCUCAGUGAAGGGCGUCAUGACGAAUCCAGGAUGGCCGGGGAACAAGAGCGGCAGCACAAUCGGCGUCCAUAGCACACAUGAGAAUGGCAUAUAUAAGUCCGGUGUUGUCACCAGCGAUAUGCAAGAGUACUAUUCUGGCCAGUAUGAAAGCCAGUAUGGUGCCCAGCAGUUCAAUGGUCAACUUCUUGGGAGCGGUAUGGACUUUGACAACAGGUACCUCGCCCAGGACUCAGCUCUUCUUCACAACUGGCAAACAAAUGGCCGCUAUCUACAGCAGAAGCUGGCCUUCAUGGGAACGGAGGAGGACGGACGCUACGCGGACGACGUCAUCCACGCCUACGGGUUCGAGGGGGUGGGCUCUGCAGCCGGCUCCGUCGGAUGCUGCAGCGACUACGGCGACAACAAUGACCUCGACUUCCUAAACACGCUCGGACCAAAGUUCAGGAAUCUGGCAGACGUCUGUAAAAAGUCAUGAACAAUGAAGCUGUAAAAGAAUGGUGUUUACUUUUCACUGCCCAGGAUGUGGAGAGGCCUGGGAUCUGAACGUCUGAACGAAAUCACAGGCAGGUGGCCACAGUGUGUGCACGCCGCUCUGCUAUUGCUUUUUGUUGUUGUUGUUUUUUUUUUCUCUGCUGCUUUUUGGUAAAAAGUCUUUUGCACUGAAAACUAUGCAAAUGCAAUUAGUUGUACAUACUUUGUGUUGUGUAUUGCGUGCUGUUUGCAUUCAGAGUCUUGGUUUUCCGUUUAUCCACCCAUCAGCGAUGGCGUUUUGGAGGGUGGCGGGGGGGAUUGGUUUUACAGGUUCAUAAUGGUAGUUGUAUUGAUAUGUGCAGUAGAGGGCUGCGGGGCUUUCGAUCAAUUAGUAACAACUUCUGGUAUUUUGGUUAUUAUUGAUAAUCGUCUACUAUUCACAGGAAAUGACAGCUUUGCAUUGUCAUUUUAAAAUGUCUGUUUAGUUUUGAUAUAUUUUUUAAAGAAAUAAUAAAACAAAUACUUGAAUAAGACAAUAAUAAAACUGCCUUUUUCAGUAUUUCACAUGUAAAUACUUCCUUUCAAAUUCCAUGUUGAUAAUUUAUUAGUUUUAAACAAUAAUGUUGACCGCCUUCUACAAGCUUUCCGAAUCGUACAGUAAAUAUCCGUGCAGACACAUUGCAGCGCAGCCCCUGACCGUUGACUGGGCGUAGUUUCAGCCCUCUGUGUCAUAGAGGUUGCUGCAACAUUCUUACAGUAAUCCUGUGAAAGUCAGCACAAGGGUGUGAAUGGGAGGAGCGGGGUGGGGCUGCCAGCGCCUGCAACCGUCUGAAUACAAUGACCAGAUAAAAGAAAAGCUGAGCAGAUCAGGAAAAUGUCCUCGCGCCUGCUCAUGAAAGGGAAUCUGAAAUUUCUCUGAAAUUUCAAAAUUCUCAGGUGUGUUGUUGUUGAAGCUGUAAAUUUGCAUAAAGGACAUUUCUCCUGGCGAACAUGUGCUACAGUAGCAGCUGUAGUUUAUAUAAGUCUGAGCUUAAUUUAAUGGAAAUAAAAUGUAAAAAUGUGUUUUUAAACAGGUUAUAAGCAUUUUUAAGUUGACUGUAACUUGACUACAUGCACCAAAGGCUUUGCUUACAGCUCAGAUCUCAUAUUACAGUGUGAUUUUUACGCACAUUAAAAAGAAAAAACCC